AUGAAAAUCCUAAUAUUAAAGAUAUGUUUAUGGUCGUUAUUAUGCUGUCAAUCACUAGCAGAUCUUCCAGGAUGGGAAAACGUGCGUAUUAACAUGAAUAAUAUUGGUCCAACAGUUUAUGGGGCGAAUUCGAUAACUCAUGCUAUUGUAACCAACAUUCCCCAUGAUUAUCAUGACUUUUACUACAUCUGGCAUGUGAAUGAAGAUAUCUUCAGUUUUCAAGUAUAUCAUGCCUAUAAUGAAACUAAAUAUAUUUACCAGUGGGAUAGUGAUGAUAUCGGCAUGAAUACGGUUCAUGUCUGUCUAUUUAAAGGUCCAUUUACAAUGAUAAAAUGUAACUCAACCAAGGUCCUGGUCAAUUCUCAUCUACAAGUUAACUUUAAAGUUCAGCGAACGUCUGGCUCAUGGCUUCAAACGGAUAUCUUUCCACUUGGAACGGUCAAUAUUAGUUGCAGCUUAAUUGAUCCCAGUGCCUUCUUCGAGAAUUCGACUAUUACUUAUAAUUGGACUACAGGAGAUGGUCGCGGAUAUACCAAUGCAUCGUUGAAUGCUUCUUACUGGACAACUCAGCAUAAAUAUAUCACUACCGGGCUUCAUGUCCUUAAAGUCAAUGUGUCAACGACCGGCCCAAAUUCUGCUAAAUAUUAUGGCAUUGCAACUGAGAACAUUACAAUUUACGGUAACUGA